AUGGCACCCCCCUCCAACUCGAAAAAGCGUUCCGCUGGUGAUCGCCCGUCCUCCGGUCCUCAGAGCAAGAAACCCCGCGUCGCCGCUUCAAACGGCUCGGGUGGUAAACCAUCCGCCUCGAAACCAAAAGACUCCAAGCCGACCCGACGAGGAGGACAGAAUGUGAGCAGGGAACCUAAAAAGGCCGAACAGGAGCCCAAGCGGAAAGCCCCGAUCACUGGACGAAAGUACGAAGAGGAUCUCGACCUCGAGGAGGAUGACGAUGUCGAUAUGGACAACUUGGAAGAGGACGAGUUUGACGAAGACGUAGAGAUGGAGGCCGGGGAUGGUGUCGAGACCGGUGCCGUGGGCGAUGUACCGGCUGGUCUCGAUGGUGAACAAGCGAAACGUCUAUCAAAAGCCGAGAAAGCCGCCCUGCACGCCCAACAACCUCACCGAACAACCCUCCUUCCCUCUCACCCUCUCCUCAAAGACACCCUCUUACCGCUCUGGGAAGACGCUCGAAGAGCCGACCUCUCCAAGGAGGAACGUAGCAAGAAGAUCAAACAGUUGUACGAGGCCGUCAAGGGUCGAGUGAGGGAGGUCGGACGGGGCCACAAGGGUGGGAGGGUUUUGCAGACGAUCGUCAAGUAUGGGGGGAAGGAGGAGCGGAAUGGCAUCGCCGUCGAGUUGGAUGGGCUGUACAAGCAGAUGUUGGAGAGCAAGUACUCAAAGUUCUUGAUGGCCAAGCUCAUUCGUCAUUGUCCCUCGGUCCGACUUUCCAUGAUCUCCCAACUCUCCCCUCACAUCCCCACCCUCAUCGCCCACUCGCACGCCAUCACCCCCCUCGCAGACUUUUACGAACUCCACGCUUCGUCCAAAGAACGUCGACUCAUGGUCCGCGCUUUUUACCCUAAAGAGGUUCUCCUGUUUGACGGUCUCGGGAUCGGUGGGACUACCCCAGAGGGCAAGGAUGAGAUCAAGAAAAAUGUGGAAAAGGGCAUCGAGAUCAAGGGGUUGGUCAAGACGCUCGAAGGCAUGGGAGAAGGCGCGAUCAGGACGAGGGUUCUGGACCUGUUGAUGGAGAGGAUCAGCGCGAUCUUCAACUCGACUCAAAAGGAAGCCCUCGCACAGGCCAUCUUCCACCGACUCGUCCUCGAAUACCUUCAAGCCAUCUACGCCUUCCUCCCCGCCGACGAGGCCGACAAGAAGAUGCACGACCUCCUAGACGUCUGUAUCGAGUCCCUGGCCGAUAUCGUACACACAAAGGACGGAUCCGCUGUGGCACGUGAGAUGCUCGCGAGGGGAGUAGCCAAGGAUAGGAAGAACAUCUUGAGGGUGUUGAAGCCGCAUUUGAAAAAGCUCUGUCAGGAUGCCGAGGCGCAGAUGGUCCUCUUCACCGCGUUCGACGUGGUGGAUGAUACCAAGAUGAUGGCCAAGGCCAUCUUGACCGAAGUAGCGGUCCUCGCCCCUGGCUUAGCCAUGCACAAGACCGGCCGUCGAGUCCUCCUCUAUCUCGUCACUCCCCGGUCCACCCGUCAUUUCAUCCCCUCGACGAUCAAGGACUUGGAAGCGACCGACGCUACCGCUGCAGCAACUAGCAAGAAGAACAAGGAUACUCGAAGAAAAGAAUUGAGGGUGGCCAUCAGUCCGGAUAUGAUCAAGCUCGUCGCCGAGCAGGGGGAGGAGUUGAUGAGGGAUGCAGGGGCGAGCUUGUUGGUCACCGAGAUCAUGCUCGAAGCGGAAGGAGACAAAACCGAGGCGAUCCAGGCGCUCGUACGACCCAUCGGCCAGACAUAUCCCAACCCGGCCUCGGUCGACCCUGAACAGGAUCCGGCUACCGCACCCAUCUUGGACAUUUCUUACGCCGACCGGGCUUACAAGACCUUGUUGGCCGGAGGUCGAUUCAACAGUGCGACGUCCAGCGUCGAAUCCGCCAACGAGGAACUUCGGAGUCAGUUCGGCAAAGCCUUUUGGCAAGCUCUGACGAGCGAGGAAGCUGGUGGGGAAUCGAACGCCGUUAAUCUCGCCCUGGGGAACGCUCCGUUCGUCGUAGUCGAGUUGGUGGACAACUUGAAGAUGGAUGAAGAGCUCGGACCGGUUGUCAAGCGGGUGUUGGCGACCCCAGAGGUGAUGGGUCAGGUGGAGAAGAGUUGGAGGAAGGGUGCGAGCCUGUUGCACCAGAAGCUGGCGUCUCUGUGA